AUGACCGCUGCUAUCCCAAGAGGAUCUUGGGUCAAUUUGUACAAGCAACUCCAACGCGAAGCCAAGAAGGUUAGCGUCAUUAUCAUUGGUUUAAAAAAGAUAAUUAUUUUUCAGUUCCCUCAAUACAACUACCGCGUUUUCGCCCAACGACGCGUUCGUGAAUAUUUUGAGGUGAACAAGAGCCAGACCGACACUCAGAAGCUUGAAACUCUCUACAAGGUUCUGCAACUGCUUUUUGUAUUAUUCAUAGUUUUUUUGACUUUUUAAGGAAGGCCUACGGAACUUGGAAUCUAUCAAAAGGCAGGUUGCCAUCGGAACCCUUUAUCCUCAUCAGCAAACCGUCGUUGAGCAGAAAUUAAACAGUAAGCUUUAUAAAGAAUUUUUAAAUGCUAUAUAAUCUUUUUCAGAGCUUUAA